AUCAUAAAAAUGAGUCUAAAAGCAUGUGGUAGAAAGCAACAAACUCGUUUAAUUUAUAGUGCUAUUGUUCAUUUUCUCGAAUUAGGAGCUCAACCUACGGAAACUGUUCAUGGUAUUUUUAGGGAAAAAUUGAUCAUUUUAAACGUGCUUUAA